UAUUAGCACUAUUGAUAUGGGGUUUUGUAGAGCUAACUAUCUAGGCCAAGCACACAGCGUGUAAUGAUUUAGAAUCAGUAGUUGAAAACCAUUUGCGUUCUUGUCUUAAAUGGAAGUUUAAUUUUAAUCAUCAAAACUUGAGCUACUAAUGAACGAGACCGACCCUAAACGACACCGUUUGGUCAUCUCUGUUCCUAUAAAGCUGAGAUUUUGCGUCGUGGGGGUUUAUGAAGGGCUUUGAUACUAACCUCCGUCUCCAAGCUUCUCCACAACUCUCUAAUGUUUUCUUGCCUAAAAAGCUAAGCGUAACAAACCUCAACUUCAGAUCCUCUUCCUCUUCCUCUCCAGCAAUGUUGAAGCUUUUCUCUUCUCGAGUCCACCAUCUGACUCCGGCGAUUCGUCCGGGGCCCCGCGCAGUGGACUCUCCGCUGUUCAAAGCGCUGAGUCAGCUCACCGGGUUGAAUCGGAGAUCGAGUUCCCUGGGUCACCGUGUUUUCUUCUGCUCCGAUAGCGCGUCCGACGCAGAGGCGGCGGCUGAGGUAGCUGAGGCCGAGGCUGAGGUAGCUGAUUCGAAAUCUUCGUCAGCGAUUGUGUCCACUAACCCUAGACCGGAGGAUUGUUUAACGGUUCUAGCAUUGCCAGUGCCACAUAGGCCUCUUUUUCCUGGGUUUUACAUGCCAAUCUAUGUCAAGGAUCCUAAAGUACUCGCAGCCUUACAAGAGAGCAGAAGAAGACAAGCUCCAUAUGCUGGAGCUUUCCUUCUGAAGGAUGCCCCAUCAACUGAUUCAUCUUCAAGCACCGAGACAGAGAAAAACAUAAAUGAGCUGAAAGGAAAAGAUUUGCUUGAACGGCUUCACGAAGUUGGCACACUUGCUCAGAUUUCAAGUAUCCAAGGGGACCAAGUUAUCCUCGUUGGUCACAGACGGCUUCGCAUAACAGAGAUGGUGAGUGAAGAACCACUUACGGUCAAAGUCGAUCAUCUUAAGGAUAAGCCGUUUGACAUGGACGAUGAUGUCAUCAAGGCAACAUCCUUUGAAGUUAUUUCAACGCUUAGGGAUGUGUUAAAGACAAGCUCACUCUGGAGAGAUCACGUCCAGACAUAUACCCAGCAUAUAGGUGAUUUCACUUAUCCACGGUUAGCCGAUUUUGGAGCGGCAAUAUGUGGUGCAAAUAGGCAUCAAACUCAAGAAGUUCUUGAAGAACUGGAUGUUCAUAAACGGCUGCGGUUAACGCUGGAAUUGAUGAAAAAAGAAAUGGAAAUUAGCAAGAUUCAGGAAACCAUAGCAAAAGCAAUUGAAGACAAAAUUAGCGGUGAGCAACGCCGUUACUUGCUAAAUGAGCAGCUCAAGGCUAUAAAGAAGGAGCUUGGUGUGGAAACAGAUGACAAAUCUGCACUGUCUGGAAAGUUUAAGGAAAGGAUUGAGCCUAACAAGGAAAAGAUUCCAGCGCAUAUAUUACAAGUCAUAGAAGAAGAGCUUACAAAACUGCAGCUGUUAGAGGCGAGUUCAAGCGAGUUUAACGUGACCCGUAACUACCUUGAUUGGCUGACCAUAUUGCCUUGGGGAAAUUACAGUGAUGAAAACUUCGAUGUUGUGCGGGCACAACAAAUUCUUGACGAGGAUCAUUAUGGCUUAUCUGACGUAAAAGAAAGAAUACUAGAGUUUAUUGCAGUUGGAAGGCUUAGAGGCACUUCACAAGGGAAAAUCAUCUGCCUCUCUGGCCCUCCUGGAGUAGGUAAAACUAGUAUUGGUCGUUCCAUUGCACGUGCUCUUAAUCGCAAAUUUUUCCGGUUCUCUGUUGGAGGGUUAGGAGAUGUCGCUGAGAUUAAGGGGCAUCGUCGAACAUAUGUUGGCGCCAUGCCAGGAAAGAUGGUGCAAUGUCUUAAGAGCGUGGGGACAGCAAAUCCUCUUGUUCUAAUCGAUGAGAUUGAUAAGCUUGGGAAAGGCCAUGCUGGUGACCCGGCCAGUGCAUUGUUGGAGCUUCUGGAUCCAGAGCAAAACGCAAAUUUUCUGGAUCACUAUCUCGACGUUACCAUUGACCUAUCAAAGGUUUUAUUUGUGUGCACUGCAAAUGUGAUAGACAUGAUUCCCAAUCCUCUGCUAGACAGGAUGGAGGUGAUUAGUAUUGCUGGAUAUAUUACUGAUGAGAAAGUUCACAUCGCUAGAGACUAUUUGGAAAAAAACGCACGUGGAGAUUGUGGCAUCAAGCCAGAACAGGUUGAUGUGAGUGAUGCAGCUCUUCUUUCCUUGAUAGAAAAUUACUGCAGAGAAGCAGGUGUUAGGAAUCUCCAGAAACAGAUUGAGAAGAUUUACCGUAAGAUUGCUCUUAAACUAGUGCGCGAAGGAGCAGUCCCAGCAGAGCCUGCAGUUACAACCGAUGUCGAAGAAGCUGAAAUUGUGGCCAAGCUCGACGUUGAAUCACCAGAGAAGGACGCUGCUAAAGAAUCAAAGGAAGAGGAGGCUGAAACCAAGAAGAUAUCUGUUGAAAAAGUUAUGAUUGAUGAAUCAAACCUUGCAGACUAUGUUGGCAAACCUGUUUUCCACGCAGAAAAGAUCUAUGAGCCCACACCGGUUGGAGUUGUGAUGGGUCUAGCUUGGACAUCCAUGGGUGGUUCAACGUUGUACAUAGAGACAACCGUUGUGGAGGAAGGAGAUGGUAAAGGUGGACUGAAUAUAACGGGUCAGCUCGGCGAUGUAAUGAAAGAGAGCACACAAAUUGCUCACACCGUCGCCAGAAAGAUCUUGCUGGAGAAAGAACCAGAGAAUCUGUUCUUUGCAAACUCCAAGCUUCAUCUCCAUGUUCCUGCGGGAGCCACCCCCAAGGACGGUCCAAGUGCAGGAUGCACCAUGAUUACAUCAUUGCUAUCACUUGCCAUGAAUAAACCUGUUAGAGAAGACCUUGCAAUGACCGGAGAAGUCACUUUAACCGGUAGAAUUCUUCCUAUUGGUGGGGUGAAGGAGAAAACCAUAGCGGCGAGGCGGAGUCAGGUCAAGACUAUCAUAUUUCCAGAGGCAAACCGGAGAGACUUUGAAGAGCUGGCGGAGAAUGUGAAAGAAGGGCUUGAUGUUCACUUUGUGGAUGACUAUGGAAAGAUCUUCGAGCUUGCUUUUGGCUAUGACAAACAACAAGACUGAUAUAACUCAGAACUCACGUUGAAUUCGGAACUCACGUUAACAGUUUAUUUGCAUUUCAUUCGAUCUUGAGAAAGAUUUAUCCAGGCAGACAAUACAGAACAAAUGAAAUCACAGCCAUUUCCUUUUGCCAA